UCGCUCGCGACGGUGCGAUCGCUCAUCGCGUCCGACGACGUCGUCGUCUUCAGCGCGACGUACUGCCCGUUCAGCGCCGCGGCGAAGGCGGCGCUGCGAGCGGAGGGCGUGCGGUUCAGCGCGUACGAGUGGAAUCAGAUCGAGGGCGGGAGCGGGUUCGCGCCCGCGCUCGCGACGCUCACGGGGCGGUCGUCGAUCCCGUCCGUCUGGAUCGCGGGGGAGUACGUGGGCGGGUGCAACGACGGGAACCCGGGGAUACGGCCGCUGAUCGCGGCGGGGUUGUUGGACGAG